AUGGAUUUCAGGGAAAUUCUCAUGAUAGCUUCUAAAGGACAAGGAGUUAGCAGCGUACCGAAAAGGUAUAGUUUGGCAGUAGGUCCUGCCAAAAAAGACCCAAAAGUUAAGGGUGUCCAAUCAGCAGCUGUACAAGCUUUUCUCAGAAGAAAAGAGGAGGAACUCAGACGAAAAGCCUUAGAGGAAAAAAGGAGAAAAGAAGAACUAGUGAAAAAGCGAAUUGAGCUAAAACAUGACAAGAAAGCAAGAGCUAUGGCUAAGAGGACAAAGGACAAUUUCCAUGGUUACAAUGGGGUUCCUGUUGAGGAAAAGUCAAAGAAAAGACAGGCAAUGGAAAGCCAUAAUCAGGGAACAGACCAAGAGUAUGAGAUGGAAGAAGAGGAAGAAUUCUUAGAAUACAAUCAAGCAGCAUCAGAGCAGGAAUAUGAAGAAGAGCAAGAACCUCCUCCCAAAGUUGAAAGUAAACCAAAGGCCCCCCUUAAAAGUGCCCCACCACUCAUGAACUUCACUGAACUACUCAGGCUGGCUGAGAAAAAGCAGUACGAACCAGUAGAAAUCAAGGUAGUGAAGAAAACAGAAGAGAGGCCUAUGACUGCACAGGAACUUAAGGAGCGAGAAUUUCUUGAACGAAGGCACAGGAAAAGAACACCUGAGGCAGAUGCAAGACUACCUCUGACCAAAAAGGCACCCUCUCAGACAGAAAGUAUGGGCACAAAACCUAACAGACUUUCUGGGGACAAGCAUCCUUCUUCCAAGGGUACUCCCCUCCCUCAUGCUGAGAAGAAAUCCAGACCCAGCAGCGCAGCUAAUGAGAAACAUUUAGGUUUGUUUUCAUCCAAAUCCAUGCCGGGAGAGAAGACCAAAGUAGGACCUAGCAACUGCUCCCAACGCUCGCUCCGGGAGGACCAUGACAGGCCUGUUUUCAAUGGCGCUGGAAAGACCCACUCAAGCACCCGUUCACCAAGUGUUCCAAAGACUUCUGCUAAAGGAACGCAGAAACCUGUUACUGAGCACAAAGCCAAAAAAUCUCCCCCCCAUCCUAGCCAUUCCAGACCUGGACCCGUGGUCACCCCACAUAAGACUAAGAGUCCAGGUGUCAGGCAGCCAGGCAGCAGUUCCAGUCCAGCUCCUGGGCGGCCCAACAUAGUGAAUGUUAAGCCUACGGUUAGUUCUAGCUCUAUGCUCAGGCGCCAGAAUGGCAGCUCCAGCUCAGGAUCUGAGAGAUCAGUCAGUGGGACCAAGAGGCCAGUCAGUGACUCAAAUCCUCCUGGAAGGACAGUCAGCAGUACAUGUAGCUCUGGAAGACCCAUCAGUGGCUCAGGUGGUUCUGGGAAGUCACUGGUAAGCUCUGGUGGCCCCGGGCGGCCUGUGCACAGUCCACAUGACCGACGGCCAGUGAGUGGCUCAGUGCCCCCCAGGCAGUCAGUCAGUGGCCCUGGGCAAUCAGUGAGUGGCUCAGCUCCAGCUGGACGGACUGUCAGUAGUUCAGGCCCUGGAAGACCAGUGAGCAGCUUGGGACCUGGACGAAUAGUUAGUAGCUCAGGUCCCCCCCAUAGACCCAAAUGCACCGUUGUCUCAGAAACAAUAUCAUCUAAGAAUAUCAUUACCCGGCCCAGCAUUGGACAGAUGAAUGGAAUGAAGCCUUCCUUGGCUGGCUACAGAUCUGCACAAGGUCCUCAAAGGAUUCCCUUCCCUAGUGGUUACAAAAGACAGCGAGACUAUGAAGAGGAGGAAGAUGAGGACUAUGACUCCGAAAUGGAUGAUUUUAUCGAAGAUGAAGGAGAAUCUCAGGAAGAAAUAUCCAAGCACAUUCGUGAAAUCUUUGGCUAUGACCGAAAAAAAUACAAAGAUGAAAGUGAUUAUGCCUUACGUUACAUGGAGAGUAGUUGGAGAGAACAGCAGAAGGAAGAAGCAAAAAGUCUAAGACUAGGUAUGCAAGAGGACUUAGAGGAAAUGAGACGGGAGGAAGAAGCAAUGAAAUGCCGAAAGGUCAAGAAACUGAAAAAACGUUAG